GAAGAAAUGGCAGGCAAACAACUCCACCCCCUCCACUCCCGUCGUCAGUUGAGAAAUCAGGACAUACUCAUCCGAGAAGUUCAUCCAAAGCCUGUUCCUCCGCUGCGACACUGAACCGCAACAGCUUCAAAACUUCUGGUAGAUACCUGAAGUUUUGUCUGAGCCAUUUCAGCCGAAAAGAGCUUCCUCUGUCUUCCAUCAGCAGGAAGAGAAGACAGGCUGUGAACAAACCUCGUCAUGAACUGGGCAUUCCUCCAGGGCCUCCUUAGUGGGGUGAACAAGUACUCCACAGCCUUCGGCCGAGUUUGGCUCUCCAUUGUUUUCCUCUUCAGGGUCAUGGUGUUUGUGGUGGCCGCGGAGAAGGUGUGGGGCGACGAACAGAAAGACUUCAAAUGCAACACGGCUCAGCCCGGGUGCCACAAUGUCUGUUAUGAUCACUUCUUCCCCGUGUCCCACGUACGGCUGUGGGCCCUGCAGCUCAUCUUCGUCACCUGCCCCUCUCUCCUGGUGGUGAUGCAUGUUGCCUACAGGGAGGACAGGGAACGCAAAAACCGGCUCAAGUAUGGCGAAAACUGCCACCGUCUCUACAAGAACGUAGGCAAGAAGCGCGGGGGGCUGUGGUGGACCUACGUCCUCACUCUUGUCUUCAAAAUAGGCGUGGAUGUUACUUUUGUCUACCUCGUCUACCAUAUCUAUGAGGGCUACGACUUCCCCUCGCUCAUCAAGUGCGAGCAGAAGCCCUGUCCCAACAAGGUGGACUGCUUCAUCGCUCGGCCCACUGAGAAACGAAUCUUCACCCUCUUCAUGGUGGUCAGCAGCCUGGUCUGCAUCCUCCUCUCCAUUUUUGAAAUCGUCUACCUGAUUGGCAAGCGCUGCUAUGAAUGUUUCUCCCAUGUCAAUAACUCUUCCAAUGUCAACACUAACACAAUGUCCAGCGGAAGCAACUUGAUGGAGUCAAACACACUAAAGCUGAUGGGCAAAAACACCCCUGAAACGCCCGCCCCUUCAUACAGCGUCGCCAUAUCUUGAGAUACUGAGAAUAAAGGCAAAGACUUUAUGAAAAACAAAGACAUGGGAAAUGAUAUAUGUCUGUCCUCACUCUACAGACACUUCCAUGUCAGCAGACAUUUGUUUGCUCACACACUGAACUAUGAUUGAGGUAGUUCCUUAUUGUUUGUGUCCACUGUCAGAAAAUCUGAAAUUCGGGACUUCAAGACUCAUGUGUCACUGAUCUGGAAUGUGCUCACUGUUGUGGGUACGGGUCAGAGUAUUUACAGAGGUUUUACAAAAGUUCUAGCCCUUGCACAGGGGAAAAAAUGCAAGUUUGUGUGGUGGAGUGUCAGAUCUAGCCUCGAUACCAAUUACAUGAGUCACCAUGGUUUGGACAGGAUGGUUUUACAAACACAUGUGGUUUUCUGUGUAAGAUUUUCCCUCUGCUCGGUUCCCCUCUUCCAAAUGUUUAGUUCAAACUGUUCUGUGUCUUUUCCCGUCACUCACAUGUUCAUAUCUGGCUCCUUGUCAGUUCUGUACUUUACAUAAUUUAUCAAAAGGUUUAAAAGAUUGUGUUGUUGUGCAUGUUACUGUUCUUACCUGUUUUGAACUGCUUUCAGAAGAGAGCAAUAAAGUUGUAAUGCACUGUUGUAAACAGUUGAUAAUAUCAAAGGUGCAGAGUGGCUGCAUAUUGUUAAUAUUAUUUUUCAUUAAAGAUAAUUGUCAUAUUUUGAAAA